GGCGCGCACGGUCGUCCUGCAUUUCGGACUUGUCCGAUUCGAACCGAAUUUGAAACCAACAACUAGGAUAGAUCCUAUAAAUGGGUGAAAUGGGACAUUGACGCCGAUGGACUUGCUCCCAAGUAGCGACGACGAGAGCGACGGCGGACUGCCGCUGGCCCGUAGCGCCGCGUCGCAAGCUGGCGUCGACCGACCGAUCCCUCAGCCUCGGCCUGCCGCGCUAAGCACGUCCGCGCCAUGGACACCCGCCGAGAAGAAGCCCAUGAUGUCGGUCUUCGAACGGCUCCUGGCGCUCAACCCUCGCGCGAGCAGCCUUCCCGUCUUCCAGAACGCAGCCAAGGCCACCCCGCCGCCACGAGCCGAGCCCAAAGAACCAGCCUCACAAGAUGCCGUAGCGGCCAAACCAUCGUCAUCCGCGCCUGCAACGGUCGACUGCCCUGCCACCGACCUGGCGAUACCCUUGCAGUCGACAAAGCGACCCGCGACAGGCCAUCCUCGUGAGCCGCCACCGUCUACCACGCGACCGACAGCCUCAACAGAAGCGGACAGAGACGCAUGGACAAUCGCAUACCCAUCGUUGCCUCCGACGCCCGACGCCGAGCACACGCCGCAGCAAGUCGUCGACAUCCAGCCGACGUACGUCUCGCCGUUCGGGCUCCAUACGACCAAGCCCGUGCAGCGCCAUGCCGCAGCCCCGCGAACGCAGCUGAUCACGCAAAACGCGCUGCUCGACGCCUUGCAGCGUGCCGAGGCGGCGCCGGGACCGUCCGACGGCAACUUGAGCGACGACGACGACUGGCUUAGCGACGCUGCGCCCGUUGCCCCCGAUACGUCGCGCCCACGUGCCAAGCCAGCGACCACUGCCUCUGCGUCGGACGUGGCGCCCAAGCGAAAGAGCCAGCCACUGUCGACGGCGUCCGCACCCAAGCGCCGGCAAUCAAGCACCGGAGUCAAAGAUACGGUCAAUGCCAACGACGAGGAGGAUGACGACGACGAGAGUACUUGGCCUCGGCUGUCGCCGCCCGAGGGAGCGAUCGACGAGCCACUCGUGCUACUCGACGCCCCAAACGAAGUCUACUCGCGCCGCGUCCAAGUCCCCAGCCGCCUCAACCGGUUUCUCCAACCGUACCAGCGCGAAGGUGUCGCGUGGAUGUUCCAGGCCGUCGUUGAGAAUCGCGGCGCGAUUCUCGGCGACGAAAUGGGUCUUGGCAAGACGAUUCAAGUCAUUGGUCUCCUCUCGGCGCUGCUCUUCAAAGACGGCACAUCGAGCGACAAGGAAGCGUACCGCACUCGUCUCCGGAGCGCGUCACGUCGCGAGCCGGUCGAGUUUGACUUGAACGGGAUACCUCCGCCGAUCCUCAUUGUUGUGCCGGCGUCGCUCCUCAUGAAUUGGGAGCUCGAACUCAAGCUCUGGAUGUGCUGUCGCCCUGUGAUUCUGAACGGCAAACGACAGGAGCGAGAGGCGAUCUUGGCGUCCCUGUCUCGCGGGACCCACGAGAUUGUCAUUUGCAGCUACGACAUUUUAAAGGCCAACUUGGCGCAGAUCCAAGCCGUGCCGUGGUACCUCAUAGUUCUCGACGAGAUGCACUGCUUGAAGAACCCGGAAUCGCAAGCCACGAAAGCCGUCCAGGCACUUUCAUGCAAGCGCCGGCUCGGGCUCACGGGCACCCUCAUGCAGAACGACACGGACGAGCUCCACUGCCUCCUCAACACAAUCCACGAAGGCUCGCUCGGCAGCGUGAGCGAGUUUCGGUCCUACUACGCCGACGACAUCAAAUUUGCGCGCAAAAAAUCGGCGGCGCCCGAAGCCGUCGAGCGCGCGCGAGCCAAAGAAAAGCAGCUGCGCGACUGCCUCGUGCCCUACUAUCUCCGCCGCGACAAAUCGAUCCACCCGGACUUUACGCGAAUUCAAAAAUUCGACAAGAUUGUGUUUUGCGAGCUCACACCGCUCCAGCGCGCUGUCUACGACCGCGUGAUUGCGUCGCCCGACUUUAAAGUGCUCAUUACCGGCGACGACCCGUGCGACUGCGGCCGGAACAAGACCCGGCGGCGGUGCUGCUACGUCUCGGGGGGCGUCCUGUGGCAAAAGCACCAUCCUGAUGACGAAGCCUGUCAAGCGUGCCCGGCGUGUAUUCAGUUUCCGUGCAUUGCCCAGCUGCUCAAGCUCUCGAACCACUUGGACCUCUUGCGCGUCAAUGCACGAGACCCGGACGACGUCCAAGCAGCGACCAAAGCCUUUGCGACUGUCGCAUUUGGCACCGACCUCGACAAAAUUGGGCUCUACCAAGCACAAGGCCUCUUUGAGAAGAUGAACACGGCGCUCUGCGGGAAAAUGGUCGUACUCGAGAAGCUCCUCUCGAUCUGGAUGCGCAAGCACGAGAAGGUGCUGCUCUUUAGUCGCAGCGUGCGCAUGCUCGAUAUUCUCCAAGCUUUUUUGAUCUCGAAAGCUUGCGCGUACGUGCGACUCGACGGGUCGACCAAGGUCGACGAGCGGCUCCAGCUCGUCCAGCGCUUCAACCGCGACCCGACGCUCAGUGUGUUUCUCAUCUCGACCAAAGCCGGCGGUCUCGGCCUCAACAUUACGAGCGCGACGAACGUUGUCAUCUUUGAUCCGAGCUGGAACCCGGCGCACGACUGCCAGGCGCAGGACCGCGCGUACCGCAUCGGGCAGACGCGGGACGUCAAGGUGUUUCGGCUCAUUACGCUCGGCACGAUUGAAGAGAUGAUCUACGCCCGCCAGAUAUACAAGCAACAGCUCACCGACACGACGCUCAAAGGCAAGAUGGGGCCACGGUAUUUCGAAGCCAUCAUUGGCGUCAAAGGCCAACACGGCGAGCUCUUUGGCAUUCGCAACCUCCUCCAGUUCAAGCCCGAGGGAGUGAUGAAAGCCAUCCAGGACAAUGCAACGCUCGACGGGAUCCCCAUCGCCGACAACCAAGUCGACUUUUCGGCCAAGCCCGCGAGCGACUGGAAGACGGCGAAGAAGGCGGCCAAGUCCGAUGACCGCGACGACGACAUUGAAGAUGUCGCGGAAGAGCUCGAGCUGGACAAGGAGAUUAGCGUCCUCGCGCCGCAGAGCAUGAACCACGACGUCGUCCUUGGCGACCAACCCAAGCGGCGACGGUCGUUUCCGCCCACAAAGACGUCCUCGGCAUCGACAAGCACACUGUACACUCCCGCGUACUUGACGCCGGCGGAAUAA